AUGCCGCAGAGAUCGGGGAUGGAGGGGCCGCCCGAUACGCUCCAGCCUCCCCCACGCGAAUCCACGCCGCAAGGCUUCAGAGAGCCGACGAAGAACAGCGACGAUGCGCAGAAACCAUCGCCGGAAACGCCGCAGAGGGCCAAUCGGCCUCAUCUUGGGCUCUCGCUGCCCAUGCCGCAGCCGUUCAGCCCAAAGAGUGGCCCGCCAGCUGCCCGUAUUCCGUUAUCCCCGAAGCUAGACUCCUCCCACACAUUCGGCUCGCCAGCAUCAGUCCUACCACGCCGGUCUCGAGGGCUGGACUUCUCGCGCGCGUGUACCAACCUGCAUCAUUCGACGCUGGCGGAGUCGUCUCCCGACUCCUCUCCCGUGGUCGGCGGGAGGGGGAUUGCCAUCCCUCAGCGCCGUGGUACCACCGGCAGCACCGGGAUGGUCGGCUCUCCCAGCAGUAUGCAUCACAGUAUCCUCGCAUUGGGCGGCAGCCAUGUCGAUAGGGCGGUUGUUUCAAGCUCCGUGGGUAGCGUGAACAUGAUUGACUCGGACUCGUCGAGUACUGGAGACGACGACGAUGAUGGGUCUGUUCAUGGCUUUGAUCGCGGGGACCCGACGGGAACGACCCCUCAAGCAAAGAAACCUGGUCUCGGGCUUUCUGCCCCUUUCUCCCCGAACUUGAUGCCGGUAGCAGGUGCAGACUGGAUGUCCGGUUUCUCCGCCGCAAAGGCAAGCCUUAUGAACUUCCAGCGAGCGAGGUACCGGAACGGCAAGAAGAGACAUAGCUCAUCCAGCGCAAGCGGUGCCAGUCCGAGACUAGUAUCUACGUCUCGAUCUCCGCCAGUAGAAAAGGCAUUAGACGGAGCCGGUAGCUUCCUAUCGCAUAUCCCAGCAUCGAGAGAGGUCAAAUCAAGGCUGGAGGAACUGGGCCAUAUCCCAUCCGACUUCCAUCUCUCAGAUGGGAGCGAUGAUGGAGAGAGUGGUAAACAGGCUGGCGUGAGCAGCCCGUCCAGUAGCUCUCUGGCUGGAGGCUCAAAUUCCGAGUCUGGUCGUCGGGGCGUCAUUCGACGGCCUGUGACCAGGCGGGGAAAUCUUUUGCCUAAACCCAAAAACUUUGCUCGAAUAAGGGCUACAUUGUUUGAAGAAUGUGCGCCCGUCGAGAGCGACACUAAGAAAGAAGCAGAGGUUGUGCGCCAGGUUCGAGAAAACGAUUCAUCAGUCGCUCCGCAGCCACCAUCUAUUCUCCCAACUGCAUUGGAGAUCAACGAUUCCUCAUCUUCCGGUUUUGCCACGGACGAAAGAAGCCAGAAGCCACCUACCAGCUUCAGUCGACAGGUCUCGCGCAAUUCCGGCGGCAUCGACUUCUGGAACACCUUUGAUGGCCGAUACAAGACUCCACCACCGCUCUCGGCAGGCGACUCAACGAUGGCGUCUCCAGGCAUGGAAAGCGGAAUGCUAAGCCGGCCAUGCAGAGAUAUAGAUAUCGAGCCUGAAAUAUUUCCCAAGUUCAACAAGCGGCGGCGCGGAGAUGACUUUGAUUUGGCAUCUUUUAAACGUCGGGCUGUCUCUCCGGGGCCCAGCGUACAGAGUAGCCCGGUUCAAGGCCAUGUUUCUGCAGGCACAGAGGCAAGCCGAGUCGGCCAUCUAUCAAAGGCUAUCUUGUUCCAGGGGAACCAUUCGAGCGACACUGCUUCAAGCAGCACGUCUACGGGCCCGGUGAAACGCGUUGGCCUGCAGGGAAUGACCGAGACAAGUGACGGGCUUAUGAAAAUGAGCAUCGAUUGA